AUGUGGAAGCAAUUUACUGUCCAGGGUAAUACCCAAUAUCUUGACAUACUACCAAAAAUACUGAAGCAAUAUAUCAACACCAAACACAGUUCCAUUAAAAUGACACCUGUAGAAGUUAGUAAGAAGAAGAAUAAAAGUACUGUGUAUUACAAUCUAUAUGGUGAUAUGAAGCAAUUGUCAUUUAAGCCCAAAUUCAAGGCUGGUGAUCAAGUUAGGAUAAGUAAGUACAAGAGAAAGGUAUUCGAUAAAGGGUACACGCCUAACUGGAGAGAAGAGAUAUUCCUGAUUGAUAAAAUCCAAUCCACAAGCCCAAUCACAUACAGAUUAAAGGAUCUCAAUAAUGAGGAAAUACAAGGCAGCUUUUAUGAGCCAGAAUUACUACCAGCAAAACAGGAUGUAUUUCGCAUUGAAAAGGUCAUUCGGAGGGAUUAUAAGAAGAAACAAGCUCUGGUAAAAUGGUUGGGCUAUAGUGACGACUUUAAUAGUUGGAUUCCACUAAGCAACCUACAAGAUUUAUCUAACUAA